CCCCACAUCCUUCUUCCACACCCACCCAUGCCCCGACUGUCGAUAUUGCCUAGGUACUCCGAAAACGGCAUGGACUCUCUCGACGUCUUUCCCGCGCUGAGACGGCAUGGGUUCAUAGCUACCUGCUUGUCCUACCCUUUGCCCACGUCGUUGCCCGCAUUUGCUACCCCAAACUUCUCGAAGAUUCCCAAUGACUUCCUCUAGUGACAAGAUCGUCAAAAACGCUUCCGGCCGCUAUGACAACGUUGAUUUCAAAAAGGCCAUAGGGUACAAAUACGCUCCCAUAAAAGCUGCCUACCUUCGACGCGAUAUUCUCCUUUUCGCCAACGCAAUUGGAGUGACCAAAGACGAACUACACUUCCUCUACGAACUGCACCCUAAGUUUGCGGCGUUUCCCACGUUCCCUAUAAACCUAGCAUUCAAACAGGACGACCAAGAUGUGUUCGACUUCAUCCAGCGAACCGUGUCAGCGGAUGUACCCGGCGUCCCCCCAUUCGACCCCAAACGAUCCGUGGACGGCGAGCGUGGCAUCGAGAUCAUUAGGCAGAUACCUACGUCGUCAAAGGGCCUUGACUUGGAGAUCAAUGGCUCAAUCGUUGGCGUGUAUGACAAGGGAGGGAACAUGAUAUUGGAGGCGGAGCACCUACUGCGAGACGCGAAGACCGACACUUUAUACGCGAAAAUGACCAGCACAGCUUUCGGGAUUGGACAAGGCGGAUACGGGGGCCCUCGCGGGCCUGCUACGAAGUCUUAUCCGCCUCCGGAGCGUGCGCCAGAUGCGGUGCAUGUCUUCAAGACGUCGCCGGAGCAGACACUCCUGUAUCGGCUGUGUGGGGACUAUAACCCAAUACAUGCAGAUGACGAGUUUGCGAAAGCUGGAGGAUUCAAGGAGGCUUUCAUGCAGGGCUUGGGUACUUGGAAUAUUGCCGCCCACGGGAUCCUGAGGGAGGUUAGUGGUAGUGAUCCCGCCCGAUUUCGCAGCUUUAAGGCCAGGUUCGCGAACAUCGUGUAUCCUGGUGACGCUUUGGAGACGCGUAUUUGGAAGGUAGGGACAAAAGAUGGUGUGGAUGAGUUCGUUUUCCAAACAAUAGUCCAAUCAGACGGACGUAUUGCCCUAUCUAAUGGUUUUGCUACCAUCAACCAACCAAGUCCUCUGAAGAGCAAUCUAUAGCGUCAAAUCUCUAAAUCAUAUCUUGUUUUCACAUUCAAACUACCUGAGCACAUCAUCUUGAAAAGUCUAUCAAAUAAUCUAGGAUAUAGAACAUCUACAAAUACGAAGGCAACCACUU